AGCCGUUUUCCCGCCAUUAGGUUUCCUGUCGCCGCAGUCAGAGAGCCAUGAUUUGCGUAAGGAAGAGGUGGUGCCUAUGCGGCUGCAUUCGGCAGUGGAAUAUCUGUUACAUUGCCAUUCCGAUCAGCUUCGCUCAAUCACUCUCUCUCCCGACCCUAAACUUCACUAUGCUCUUUUCCUAGAUUAUGCCGAGCUGAUGGAUGAUGAUACUCCUCUAGCCCGCCUCGUUUUCGUCAGCCCAACUGACUAUUUGAGAUUCUUUGACCGAGCCGCAACUUUGGCUCAUAAAAGAGUAUUGAAAGACAUGGUAUCACAUGAGAAAGGGGUUGAGAAGAAAUUCAUUCAUGUUCGUUUCAAUGUCUGUGGCUCUCCUCUUGAAUUUCCUGAGACAUUUCCAAGAAUUGGGCGUGUGUGGGUGAAACACCGAGGCAUUCUUCUUACUCUCAAGGGGACUGUAAUUCGAUCUGGAGCAGUGAAGUUGUAUGAGGGAGAAAGGACAUAUCAAUGCAAGAAAUGCAAGCACAUGUUUCCUCUUUAUCCCGAACUUGAAACAAGAAACACGAUAACACUUCCAUCAAUCGGCCCCUCUCAGGUUUAUUGUCAUAUUCAAACUUUCUUUAGUUUGUGUUGCAAUAAUGAGUUUUGUUCCUUUUGUUCUUCAUUUUUUUUAGUUUAAAAUGUAGUUUUGUAAGGAAUUUGUCUUCUGUAUUUGAUGUGAAUAUACUUUAGAUUUUGGUAAAGAUUUACGUUAUAACAGAGGACCAAUCCUUGUG